GUCUGCUACUUUAUACUGCCGUAUUGAAAAACAAUCCGUGUUUUGGACUAUUUUACGUGGAUAUCUAAUGGACAAAGUACCAUUACAGAUGAUGGUAUGAUCUUUGAAGAUAACCUGGACCUGAAGUUUCCUCCUUUCUGCAAUGCUGUUAAGAUUAAGAAGAAGGUUGACACAUGUCUUGAUAACAGGACUUGCAAUUUGCGCCAUAAUGUUGAUUGUGAUGACAUUAUGCCCAACUAAACAAGAGGGCUGUAACCUGCAACAUCCAAGUGAUGAUGAUAUAGGAGUGAAUAUUAUACAAGAACGGAAGGAAAGUGUUCUGUUUUCAACGAAUCUCUUAGUUGUGGUAAUUUCAGCCCCAAGUCAUGAACAUGUUAGAAAUGUGAUAAGAGAAACUUGGGCAAAAAAUCCGCCUGUUGAAGUAAGAACACUUUUUGUGAUAGGUGUAAAAAACCUUGCUGGUGAUGUUUUUGAAAAACUUGUUCAUGAAAAGAGAAGAUAUUCAGACAUGUUGUUCUUAGAAAAUUUAGAAGAAUCAUAUAGUGCUUUAACCAGAAAAAUUAUAGAGACAUUUAAAUUUGUCUGUGAAAAGGUGCACUUUAAAUUUCUUUUGAAAGUUGAUGAAGACUCAUAUGUCCGUGUGGAUAAAAUCUCUUACGAGCUCCUGUCAAAACCUCAACAGAGACUGUAUUGGGGUUUCUUUGAUGGCAGGGCUCAUGUUAAAAAGGCAGGGAAGUGGGAGGAAAGAGACUAUGUUCUCUGUGAUAGAUACUUACCCUACGCUUUAGGUGGAGGUUAUGUGAUAUCCAGCGAUCUUGUUGAAUAUGUUGCCAAAAAUAGUGAAAUACUCAAAUUAUACCAAAGUGAAGAUGUUUCAUUGGGAACCUGGCUGGGCCCAUUAGAUGUUCACCGUGUUCAUGACCCAAACUUUGACACUGAGUACAAAUCCCGAGGUUGCUUCAACUCCUACCUAGUAACUCAUAAGAAGUCACCGGAACAGAUGAAGGUGCUUUAUGACAAUCUGCAGUCCCAUGGAAAACUUUGUGAUGUAGAAACACGGACUCGUCUUUCAUAUCAGUACAAAUGGGAUCUUCCACCUUCACAGUGCUGUGAAAGAAAAGAUCCAACCAUCCCAUAAUCAAUAUCUUUUUUUAUGCUGUUGAUCAAAACUGGAUUGUUAAAUUGUUCCUUUCAUGUCUGUGUUUUUAAAACACCCAUUGUAGUGUAAACUUCUGAAGUACCUCAAAUUUCUUUUCCAUUUACGUUUAAAUAAUAGUCAAUAUAUAAUAUGUAUAUAUCUUGUGAAGACAAUAGCUUCAGUUAUGGAUCUAAUCAGAUUAUGAUUAAACCUUGUUACAGUCGUUUUUUUUGUGGGGGGGGGAUAACUGCCCCAGUACUUUCAGAGUAAUACCCCCUUUACAUUAAAGUAGGGCUUGCUUACUUCUUGCUUAAGGGUAUGAUAAUCAGAUAAAGUUCUCUCAG